AUGCCCCUACCAUCGUCACAGUCAUCUGCAUCGUCGUCUCCAACCCUCAAGAGAAAACAACCUACGAUAUCCAGUUUUUUUACGAAGAAGCCACUCGCAUCACAGCAAUCCCCUCAAAAUGAAGCCAGCAGUACGCCCGCUGCUCACCCCAAUAAAGCUGCAGACUUCGAGGAAGACAUAGUGGCUCCUGCCCCGAAGCGCGCCAAGUCGAAUGGAUCUCUUGCAGAACGGCCACAAAGCCCAAAGGCGAAGCCCGUGGCUCGCGCGGAGGCGCCACAGGCCUCAAACAGCCAACGAACCGAACUCUCGCAAUUCGCUAGCUCCCCUGCUGUUGAGCUGGGGGCAGAUAGCACGGUCGAAUUAGACGACGAGGAAGCGAAAGCACGGCAGAAACAACGGGAGAAGCUACACCAGAAGUUUGUUCGAAAACUCGGCGGGGCAGAUUGCUUGUUGGGAAUCGGACGGAAUAGCGUCAACGAGACUGCGCCAGUGGAGGAAGCUGCGGAGGGUGAAGAGGAUGAGGAGACACCACAACCAGUACAAACAAAUCGGAGAGCUGCGGGGAAGAAAGGCGGAGGUAAACUCACGCCGAUGGAGAAGCAGGUCAUUGAAAUCAAGAGGAAGCAUAUGGACACAAUACUACUCGUCGAAGUCGGAUACAAAUUUCGAUUCUUCGGUGAAGAUGCAAGGGUCGCUGCAAAGGAGCUUAGCAUUGUAUGCAUCCCUGGCAAGUUCCGAUAUGAUGAGCAUCCUUCGGAAGCCCAUCUCGACCGCUUUGCGUCGGCAAGCAUACCUGUACAACGACUUCAUGUGCAUGUUAAGCGCCUCGUCACUGCUGGACACAAGGUGGGCGUCGUGAGGCAACUGGAGACUGCAGCGCUGAAAGCUGCCGGAGAUAACCGCAAUGCACCGUUUGUUCGUAAAUUGACGAAUGUUUACACGAAAAGCACCUAUAUUGACGAUAUUGAGGGCCUCGAAGGGUCUACGGCUGGGACGUCGGGUGCUUCAUCUACGGGUUAUAUCCUCUGCAUCACAGAGACGAAUGCACGAGGCUGGGGAAAUGACGAGAGAGUGCAUGUGGGAAUUGUCGCCGUGCAGCCGACUACUGGGGAUAUUGUCUACGACGAGUUCGAUGACGGCUUCAUGCGGAGCGAGAUAGAAACGAGAUUGCUCCAUAUUGCGCCAUGUGAAAUGCUCAUAGUUGGUGAGCUAUCCAAAGCGACAGAAAAGCUCGUGCAGCAUCUUUCCGGGAGCAAGACAAAUGUCUUAGGCGAUGAGGUCCGAGUUGAGAGAGCGCCUAAGGAGAAAACCGCCGCUGCUGAAUCACACAAUCAAGUCUCGAGCUUCUACGCCGGAAAAAUGAAAUCUGCAGACGCCAUAGAUGAUGAGGUUGCUAGCAAUCUACUCCAGAAAGUGCUCGGCCUGCCGGAUCAAGUUACCAUUUGCCUUUCUGCCAUGAUCAAACACAUGACCGAGUAUGGGCUGGAACAUGUCCUGCAGCUAACAAAAUACUUUCAGCAUUUCUCUUCACGCUCCCAUAUGCUCCUCAAUGGAAACACCCUUACGAGCCUUGAAGUCUACCAAAACCAGACCGAUUAUUCCUCCAAGGGCAGUCUAUUCUGGACGUUGGACCGCACUCAGACCCGGUUCGGGCAGAGGAUGCUUCGGAAAUGGGUCGGGCGGCCAUUACUGGAUAGACGCCAGCUUGAGGAUCGGGUCAAUGCCGUGGAGGAGCUGAAGGAUUCGCAAAAUGUCGUGAUUGUUGAGCGGAUCAAAGCCUUGCUCGGAAGGAUCAAGCAUGAUCUAGAGAAGGGCUUGAUCCGGAUAUAUUACGGAAAGUGCUCCCGACCGGAGCUGUUGAUUAUAUUGCAAAUGAUGCAGAUGAUAGCCCAGGAAUUUGCGGAUAUCAAGUCACCAGCGGAUACUGGAUUUUCUUCUCCUGCUAUCAGCCAAGCUAUUGUGUCUCUACCUGCAAUUCUGCAAGACGUCGUGUCAUUUUUGGACAAGAUCAAUAUGCACGCGGCUCGAAACGAUGACAAGUAUGAAUUCUUCCGUGAGGAGGAAGAGACGGAGGAGAUUAGCGAGCACAAGCUUGGGAUUGGGGCCAUUGAGCAUGAGCUUGAGGAGCAUCGACCUGUAGCUGGAGAGGCCCUGGGGAAGAGAACUGUCACCUACGCCACGGUUGCAGGCAUUGAAUAUCUGAUUGAAGUCGAAAACAACUCACCAGCUAUCAAGCGAGUGCCAGCAUCAUGGGUGAAAAUCAGUGGCACAAAGAAGUUGUCGCGAUUUCACACCCCAGAUGUGAUUAAGAUGAUCCGGCAGAGAGAUCAACACAGAGAAGCGCUUGCCGCAGCGUGCGACAAGGCAUUUUUGGCCCUCCAAGCCGAGAUAGCGGCCAGUUACCAAACGCUUCGAGAUUGUGUGCAGUCUCUGGCGACGCUAGACUGUUUGCUAUCCUUAGCCACAAUAGCCAGUCAGCCAGGCUACGUGAAGCCUGAAUAUACGGAAGAGACGUGCAUUCAUGUCGAACAGGGACGCCAUCCGAUGGUGGAGCAACUGCUACUAGACAGCUAUGUUCCCAACGACAUCGACCUGGACAGCGACAAGACGCGCGCUUUGUUAGUGACCGGGCCUAACAUGGGUGGAAAGUCCAGCUACGUGCGCCAGGUAGCGUUGAUCGCAAUCAUGGGACAGAUAGGCUCCUAUGUUCCGGCGCAGUCUGCAAAACUUGGUAUGCUAGACGCCGUGUUCACACGAAUGGGCGCAUUCGACAAUAUGCUCGCAGGCGAGUCUACAUUCAUGGUCGAGCUCUCCGAAACAGCGGACAUCCUGAAGCAGGCAACCCCACGCUCGCUAGUCAUCCUGGACGAGUUGGGCCGAGGCACAUCCACCCACGACGGAGUCGCAAUCGCGCAGGCUGUCCUCGACUACACGGUGCGGUCUAUCCGCAGCCUCACCCUCUUCAUCACGCACUACCAGCACCUUUCGGCCAUGGUCCAUUCAUUCGCAGAUAACGAGCUGCGCAACGUACACAUGCGGUUCAGCGAGUCGGGGUCCGGAACGGACGAAGACAUCACCUUCCUCUACGAGAUUGGGGAAGGCGUCGCGCAUCGUAGCUACGGGUUGAAUGUUGCAAGGCUGGCUAAUCUCCCUGUGUCGCUUUUGGAGAUGGCUAAGCAGAAGAGUGCCGAGCUGGAGGAGAAGAUUCGCCGCCGACGACUUGCGGGUCUUGUUACCGCUGUUGGGGAUGUGGUUAAGUCGGGCUCGGUUGAUGAAGGGGUUAUCGAGCGGCUGGUUCGUAGUAUGGAGGAAUUGUGA